CUAUGCAAAUAAGGUAUUCAAGAAAAUCCAGAACUGAUUUGAUAAUGCAUUAGUGACGAGAUUAUGUAAAUUUACUUGCAUCACAUCUCCUUUCUUAUUGGUUGUCUAGUAAAAAGACGAUUUUAACCAAUCCUACCUCGCAUUUGACGAUUCCACCCAGCUCUAUAACUGUCAUCUUGUUGCUCCUUAUAGAACAUUUCUUUUUCGCUUUUCUUGUGGCUGCUUUUCUCCUGCUAGCACUCAGUAUGUCCGGGCGCGGGAAGCAAGGAGGCAAAGCUCGCGCCAAGGCUAAGACCCGCUCUUCGCGAGCCGGGCUCCAGUUCCCCGUGGGCCGAGUGCACCGCCUGCUCCGCAAGGGCAACUACUCCGAGCGGGUCGGUGCCGGGGCUCCCGUGUACCUGGCGGCGGUGCUGGAGUACCUGACGGCUGAGAUCCUGGAGCUGGCGGGCAACGCGGCCCGCGACAACAAGAAGACGCGUAUCAUCCCGCGCCACCUGCAGCUGGCCAUCCGCAACGACGAGGAGCUCAACAAGCUCCUGGGUCGCGUGACCAUCGCUCAGGGUGGCGUCCUGCCCAACAUCCAGGCUGUGCUGCUGCCUAAGAAGACCGAGAGCCACCACAAGGCCAAGGGCAAGUGAAACGAUUAGCAGUUUUUCAGUCCCCGUUCCGAAAAUCAAAGGCUCUUUUCAGAGCCACCCACUUUCUCCCGGAAAGCGCUGAAAUACUUUGUAAGUGUAGAAGACAUGUUCAAGUUUUAAUGUGUUGUUCCGCUUAAAUUUUUUUUUAUUAGCCUGUUAAAAGUUUUACAUUUAAAAAUGGGAAACCGCUCCCAUCUUUGCCACAAAGGGGCUAAAUUGUUAGCCGUUGGCCACAUUUUAUGCACCAUAAAUUCUUAGAAAAAUUCAUGAAAUUAGCUUUCUGCCAUUCCUUUAACUGAAAGAUGCAAUACGUUUGUAAACUCACAUAAAGAACCCCUGUUAAGGGAAUUCUGUGUCAGGACAUAAGUUAGGGCUUGUAGGCUAUGGGUAACGUAUAUGUAUGUAAAUGACCAAUAAUACAGACCAUAAUGCCUCAUAUUGAG